ACUGUCAUCCCUAAAGUGUCUCAUCCAAAACUGUCAUCCCUAAAGUGUCUCAUCCAAAACUGUCAUCCCUAAAGUGUCUCAUCCAAAACUGUCAUCCCUAAAGUGCCUCAUCCAAAACUGUCAUCCCUAAAGUGCCUCAUCCAAAACUGUCAUCCCUAAAGUGCCUCAUCCAAAACUGUCAUCCCUAAAGUGCCUCAUCCAAAACUGUCAUCCCUAAAGUGCCUCAUCCAAAACUGUCAUCCCUAAAGUGCCUCAUCCAAAACUGUCAUCCCUAAAGUGCCUCAUCCAAAACUGUCAUCCCUAAAGUGCCUCAUCCAAAACUGUCAUCCCUAAAGUGCCUCAUCCAAAACUGUCAUCCCUAAAGUGCCUCAUCCAAAACUGUCAUCCCUAAAGUCUCUUGGACCAAUCUCCGUCAGCCGCAACUCCUUCCUCCUUCCUAUGUUAUCCUCAAGUCUCUCAUCCAAAACUCUGUCAUCCCUCAGAGGAAAAACCUUCCUGCCAUGUGUCUGCUCCCUGCUAUAUGAGUUCUGCUGUACAUGCUAUUCAAUGUCGGCUCUGCUAUACAGUGCUGUGCAGCAUCGGCUUUGCUAUACAGUGCUGUGCAGCAUCGGCUCUGCUGUGUGACAGGAAGUUGCGUCUGAGGGAGAAUCGUCUGAGACAUGGCAGUGUUUUGGAUCAGGGACUUUCGGAUGAUGGAGUUGUGGCUGAAGGAUUACAGCGGUUGGUGUGAGGGAGGCGGCGGGACGCUGUUUUGCCGGACGGAGUUGCGGAUGACAACUGAUGGCGAUUGGUCUGAGGGAGGAGGCGGGACACUGUUUUGCCUGACGGAGGUACGGCUCACGACUGACGAUGUCCUAAAUAUGACACCAUAGCAUUGUGACGCAUCAACCCCUUGCACCAGGAAGAGGAUCACACUGGAGGCUGGGAGCAGCGACACUGGGGGAGCGUGGAAGAAUUUUCUGGAAUUGCCACAGUUCUGCUUAAGGAUGCAGCGCACUAUAAAGUCAUUUUUUCAACCCAAAGUAGAAACAGUUACGAAGGGCAAGAAAUUGUCUGAUAUUGACUCUGAUUCUAAGGGAAAGAAAAACAAACAUAAAAGUAAUGAACAUCUAUCUAAAGAAAAAAAUGGUAAAUUAUCUACUGAUGAUGCAGAUUCUCCGAUAAAGUCCGUGUCAAAAAAAUCAGCACGAGUUUUGGCAAGUGAAAGUGAAGGGGAAAAUGAAGAACCGAUGGAUGUUGAAGUGUCAACUACACAAAAAGAAAGUAAAACUGUUGAUGCAAAGGAGAUCUCCGGUGGAACAGUUGCCACAUCUGUUAACAGCCAUUCUUCAGAUAUUUCCUGUGCCCCUAAUUUGCCUGAUGUGUCUCCUCCUAGCUUCCCUAAACGUAAAACAGCUCGUAAGCAGUUACCAAAACGAAAAUUAGAAAGUGAGGUUGAGAAACCUAAUGUACAAAAUGAAGAGUCUGAUGUCAAAGAAACUGCUGCAAAGCGUCAACUGCAAGAAACAGUUUGUUUAACAGCUCUGAAGUCAGACGUUAAGUCAGAAGAGACUGAAAGUGUUGCCAUUACAUCAUCUGAGCAGACAAAGCAAAAAGAUAUCCCUACUGUGCCUGUCAAAUUAGAACAAUGUGCAGAAAUGUCUGAAAAAUUUAUUGUGGACAAGUCUCCUAUUCCGCGUGUGGAACCCAAAAAUAUUGGCAGUUUUUUUGGUACAUCCAAGCAAGAGGUAUCACAAAAAGAGACAGAUUAUAAUCCAUCCAAAAGUGGUUACCAUCCCAUAAAGAAUGCCUGCUGGAAUACUGGGCAAGUGGUUCCAUACUUGGCUGUUGCACGUACUUUUGAGAUGAUAGAAAAUGAGUCUGCUCGCUUAAAGAACAUAGAAACACUGAGUAAUUUUCUGCGAUCUGUCAUCUGUUUGUCUCCGGGGGAUCUUCUACCGUGUAUCUAUCUCUGUCUGAAUCGCCUGGGUCCUGCCUAUGAAGGUCUUGAGCUUGGCAUUGGAGAAACCGUAUUAAUGAAAGCUAUUGCACAAGCAACAGGUCGACAGUUAGACAAAAUUAAAGCUGAAGCUCAGGAGAAAGGUGAUCUAGGACUUGUUGCGGAGAGCAGUCGUGGUAAUCAACGUACCAUGUUUACACCUCCCAAGCUUACCGUCCCAGGUGUUUUUAACAAACUGAAAGAGAUAGCCAGGAUGACUGGUAAUGCUUCUACGAAUAAGAAGAUUGAUAUAAUUAAAGGCUUGUUUGUAGCAUGCAAGCAUUCUGAAGCACGUUACAUAGCUAGAGCUCUAGGAGGAAAACUUCGAAUAGGACUAGCAGAGCUAUCCGUUCUUUCAGCUAUUGCCCAAGCAGUUUCCUUAACACCCCCUGGCCAAUCAUCUCAAGAUGCUGUAUUAGAUGCUUCAAAGGGUAUGAGUUCAGAUGCCAGAAAAGCUUGGAUUGAAGAAAAUGCCUUGAUUUUAAAGCAGACAUAUUGUGAGUUGCCAAACUAUGAUCUAGUUAUGCCUGCCCUCCUGAAACAUGGAAUUAAAGAACUUCCUCAGCACUGUAAACUUACUCCAGGUGUGCCUUUAAAGCCGAUGUUGGCGCACCCUACCAAGGGUGUAGGUGAAGUAUUAAAAAGGUUUGAAGAAGCUGCUUUUACAUGUGAAUAUAAGUAUGAUGGAGAGCGUGCCCAGAUUCAUAUAUUAGAGAAUGGUGAAGUACAUAUCUACAGCAGGAACCAAGAAAAUAACACUACAAAAUAUCCGGAUAUAGUCAGCAGGAUUCCACAGGUGAAGAAAAACACUGUGAAAUCUUGUAUCUUUGAUUCAGAAGCUGUUGCUUGGGACCCUCUAAAAAAGCAAAUACAGCCAUUUCAGGUUCUGACUACACGGAAAAGAAAGGAUGUUGAAGCUUCUGACAUAAAAGUCCAAGUAUGUGUGUAUGCUUUUGACAUGCUUUAUCUGAAUGGAGAGUCUUUAGUUAGAGAACCAUUUUCUAAACGAAGGCAACUACUUAGAGAUUCCUUUAAUGAACUGGAAGGACAAUUCAUGUUUGCUACCUAUAUGGAUACUUCAAACACAGAUGAAAUUUCUGAAUUUCUUGAUCAGUCUAUAAAAGAUUCUUGUGAAGGAUUGAUGGUAAAGACGCUGGACCAAAAUGCAACAUAUGAAAUUGCAAAACGUUCUCACAAUUGGUUAAAGUUAAAAAAAGAUUAUUUGGAAGGUCUAGGAGACACCCUGGAUCUGGUGGUAAUUGGUGGGUACUUGGGAAAAGGAAAGCGAACAGGCAUAUAUGGCGGAUUUCUUCUGGCAUCAUAUGAUGAAGAAAGUGAAGAAUAUCAAACAAUCUGUAAGAUUGGCACAGGCUUUACAGAUGAAGAUUUAGAAAAGCAUUACAGUUUUUUAAAGGAUCAUGCAAUUGAUAGCCCAAGAAGUUACUACCGCUGGGACAGUGCUGCAGAGCCAGACCAAUGGUUUGAACCAGUUCAAGUCUGGGAAGUAAAAUGUGCAGAUCUUUCUAUUUCCCCUGUCCAUAAGGCAGCAAUUGGACUGGUGGAAGAUGAAAGGGGAAUUUCAUUGCGUUUCCCUCGUUUCCUUCGUAUUCGAGAUGAUAAAAAGCCAGAAGAAGCAACAAACAGUUCUCAGGUUGCAGAACUGUACAAAAAGCAACAGCAAAUACAGAAUGUUGGUCCUACAGAGAAAGAAGAUGAUGAUUUCUAUUAGAAAAGUCCUGACAUAGUAUGGGAUAGAACGUACUUGUAAAUCAUGCUUUAUUUUUUAAUAAAGAUUACUUUAUAGGCUUAUUAAUGUUUUCAUCUUCUAAUAUUAUUUUAAGG